AUGGCACUGGAGCUCUUGGAGGUAGAGAAUUUUCUCAGCCACACUCAGGAGAAGUCAUACACUUGCAUGAUUUGUGGGGACAGUUUUAAGCAAAAGGGCAUCCUGGUGGCCCACCAGAAAUCCCAUAAGGAGGAGAUAGAGGUUGAAGGCUGUGAGAAGGAGGGCGAUGCUGACCGGGCUGGAGAGCUGCAUGACCAAGAAGCCAUCAGAGCAGGUGGGAAGGCCAAUGGGGAAGGCCAUAGCAAGCACAGCACACAGAGUGAUCCUGAGAGAAGGGAGAAGCCCCAUGCCUGCACCGAGUGCGGGAAGAGCUUCAAGAUGAAGGUGGACCUCACCAAGCACCUUCGGACUCACACAGGUGAGAGACCGUUCCCCUGCACCGACUGUGGCAAGAGGUUCAUAACCAAAUCACAACUCAAGGAGCACCAGAGGAUCCACACAGGCGAGCGGCCAUACAAGUGCCUGGACUGUGGGAAGAACUUCACCCAGAAAUCACAGCUCAUCGUGCACCGCCGGAUCCACACGGGUGAGAAGCCCUACCAAUGCAGAGGCUGCCAGAAGAGCUUCGUGGACAAGUCGCAGCUGGUGGCCCACCACCGGAUCCACACAGGUGACCGUCCCUUCAAGUGUGGGGUGUGCAGCCGUGGCUUCCGCCAGAAGAUCACCCUCAUCAAGCACCAGCGGGUCCACAGCACCAAGGGGGCCCAGCGGGACAGCACCAGGGCCAUCAUGGCCGAAUCCACUCCAGCAGGGGAGAAGAUCUUCCGCUGCGGCUCCUGCGGGAAGGAGUUCAAGAAGAAGUCAGUGCUGGUGACCCACCAGAGGAUUCACACUGGGGAGGAGCCCUACCCCUGCCCUGCAUGUGGGCGGUGCUUCCGGCAGAAGAUCCACCUCGCCCGGCAUCAGCGGAUCCAUGAGCGGCCCCACGCCUGUGGGCAGUGUGGGAAGACGUUCACCAAGAAGGGCAACCUGGCCAACCACCAGCGGGCUCAUGCCGAGGGCCGGGGUCACCACUGCGGGGCUUGCGGCAAGGGCUUCGCCAAGCGGGGGGAGCUGACCAAGCAUGAGCGGACCCACACCGGGGAGAAGCCCUAUGGGUGUGGGCAGUGCGGCAAACGCUUCGCCCAGCGCACCCAGCUGGUCACCCACCAGCGCGUCCACACCGGUGAGCGGCCCUACCCCUGCGAUGACUGUGGCAAGCGCUUUGGCGACAAGUCACGCCUCACUGUCCACCAGCGCAUCCACACCGGCGACCGGCCCUUCCGCUGCCCCACCUGUGGCAAGGGCUUCCGCCAGAAGAUCGCCUUGGUCAAGCACCACCGCGUCCAUGAGCGGCUCUCCGUUGGCGAGCGGCCCUUCUCCUGCAGCAAGUGUGGGAAGGGCUUUGCCCAGAAGGCCCAGCUGGCAGUCCACCACCGCAUCCACACCGGGGAGCGCCCUUUCCUCUGCGCCGACUGCCCCAAAGCCUUCAUCGACAAGUCCUGCCUCAUCGUCCACCGCCGCACCCACACUGGCGAGCGUCCCUUCCCCUGUGCUGCCUGCGGCCGAGCCUUCACCCAGAAGGUCGCCCUCACCACCCACCAGCGGGUCCACAUGCGGGAGCACCAGCCACCGCCAGCCCCAGUUCCCCUCAGACCCCAGGGUGAGGAGUGGCCCUUCACCUGUGUCGUCUGCGGGAGAGGUUUCCGCAAGGAGAUCGCCCUUAUCACCCACCGGCGGGUCCACACCAAGUAUGAGCCCAACCGCUGCAGCAAGUGUGAGCAGGUCUUCCCCAACAGGGCCCAGCUCUGGCUCCACCAGCCCUCCCAUGCUGAGGACCGGCCAUUCAAGUGUGCCACGUGCGGGAAGGACUUCAAGAGGAAAGAGAUCUUGAUUACCCACCAGCGGGUCCACACGGGAGAAGCGCCCUUCCAGUGCCCCCAGUGCAGCAAAAGCUUCUCACAGAAGGCCAACCUCAUGAAGCACCAGCUCACUCACACCCGCCGGGGCCCGUUUAUCUGCUCUGACUGUGGGCAAAGCUACACCACCAUCGGACAUUUCAAGAGGCACCAGAGGAGGAACCACCUCAAGAAGCAAUGUCUUCCUGGUGAGGGAGAGGAGCCCCCUGAGGACCUGGUGACCGGCCGUGUGCCACCGGAGCCAGUGGGUGGCCACAGCAGCCCCAUCAUCGUGGUGAAGACAGAGGCUGAUGCUGAUGACUAUGAGGUCCUACAGGUCCCAUGA